AUGAAAUUAAAAAUUCUUAAAUAUUGUUUUUCUCAAUUCCUUAAACCUGGAGAUAAAUAAUUUUAUAAAUAUGGUUUGAAUGAUUGUUAAAUUCAAGAUCUUUAACUCUAAUUUAAAACUCCUUAAUUUAAUGAAAUGUUCAAAUCAUAUAUGUUAGCAUAUAUUAAGAAAGGUGAUGAAGAAUACUUAAAAUUGAAUGAAGAAUUAUUCUAAUUCAUAAAACCAUAAUAUGUUUAAGAUGUAUCUUAAAUUAUGAAUCACUUCAAUGUAUUAGAUUUGCUUGCUUGGUAAAAUCUGAUAGUAUAAAUUUGCAAUAACUUAGAAGUUAUACCAUUACCUGAAUUAUCAAUAGCACUUAAAUAAAUAAUUAUGUUUAUGAGUAGAAAGUUUAGAAUGUAAGAAUCACUUUUAGAGUAAUAUCAUUAUAGUGAAUAUGAUUUACCUCUUAUUCUUACAGAAAAAUAAUUAUUUACUAUUCUAAAUCAAAUGAAAUUAGAUCCAGAUUAAAUAAAUAAUUAUUUAGAUGCUUUAACUACUUUACUUAAUAUAUUUUUUAAAUUCAGUCGAGUUUAACCAAUUUCUUUUUAUGAUGUUUAUGAAAUUGUUAGAAACAAACUAUAAAUUGUAUUAGAAAAACAUUUAGAUGAAUUAGAUCUAAAUAAUUUAAUAACAAUGUAUCAAAGUUAUGGAUCUGAAUCUGAAAUUAUUAAAUAAAUCAUACAAAAAUUACAAUAAACCGAUUCCAAAAUUCUACAUAAAGAAUUGGAUAGAAUUUUAGAAAUCUGGAAAACAAAUGGAUCUAUUGAUUAGGAUUUACUUCUAUUUUUAAAAUCUGAAAUCCUAUAUUAAAUUUAAUUGACUAAUAAAUAUCAAUAAAAUAAAGUUUUUUAAAGAAUCUUUGCUUUAAUCUAUGCAAAUAUUAAUGAUACAGAUAUAUUAAAAUUUAUAGAAUCUAAAUUAUAAUAAUCUACAAAAUUGCUUUAAACAAGAAAUUAUUCAUUUUAAAAUGUAUUAUUAUUAUUAUAAUUAAUUUAGGGUUACUUAACAUGCAUUAAAAUAUUAAAACUACGUCAUCCUGAAUUGAAAGUACCUGAAGUUAUAAUGAAACCAAAACGUGUAAGUAAAUAGAUGUAGAAAUCCUUAUAAGAAAAUAUGCUUAUCAAUUUCUUUCGCCAGUAUGUAAAAUCUUUAGAAGAAAAAGUUAAAAUUAAAGUUGAUGCUCCUUGUUGGAUAUAUUUAAUAGAUGUAGCAUUAUUAUUUAAAGAUGCUAAAAUAGCAUUUGAAUUAUCAGGUUCAGUUUAUUUUAGAGGGAAUAAUCUUACAGGUAAAAAAUAAGCCAAAAAAGAAAUAAUGAUUUCAGAAGGAUGGAUACCUAUAUUUCUAGGAAAUUAAGAAAAGAUAUUAUUCAAUAAUUUCAGUUUUAAUUAAUAAGAAUUACCAGAACAAAUAGAAAAAUUAUUUGAUAAUUUAUUUGAAAAAGCAUUGGGAAGAAAACUUAAUAAAAAAUAACGUUGAG